AACCCUUUCACUUACCCUCCCUCCCUCUCCCGAUUACUCCACCUUAUCUCUUCCCCUGAACCAGUAAGUGGGGGUGGCCUGGUGGGUGGUGGUCGCCGGGCGGCGGCGAGCAGCGUGCGAACGGCGUGGUGUGGAGUUGGUGGUGGAGCAGCGAACGACGAACUCGACGUUGCAUCGUCAUUUUUGGCCAUUCAAAUAUGGCCUUGGAUAUGUGCACAAAUCUAUUCGGUCAUGGAAGGUGUGCUGUGUACCCUGAAUUGUUACCUACAAGCAGUGCAAGGAUAUCUAAGAGCAAACCUGGGCACCAUCAAACUCCGAAGAAGGUGAAAUUCUGGUCUAGUAGGAGAAUUUCAAGGGUCAGCCUGCAGACAAAAUCUCAGAUAGAUUUUUGUCGAUUGAAGUGCAGAGGAUUACAUCUCGAUGCUGGCAUGACAAGUUUCACAGAUGCGAGCAGGUCUGGCAUGGUCAUAUGCAAUUCUGAGGUUAAGGAGGAUAUAAAAUGUUCAGCAUUUGUUUUUUUAAAUAAAAUCAAGCAGUUGCAUCAAUUGAAGGUCAUUUCUGUAGCUGGAUUAUUAACUUGCACGCUUUUAGCUAUCCCAUCGGCUGAUGCAGUGGAUUCGCUUAAGACAUGCACUUGCUUAUUGAAGGAAUGCAGGGUGGAACUAGCCAAGUGCAUUGCCAACCCAUCCUGUGCAGCAAACAUUGCAUGUCUGCAGACAUGUAACGAUCGACCCGAUGAGACUGAAUGCCAGAUUAAAUGCGGGGACCUGUUUGAGAACAAUGUUGUAGAUGAAUUCAAUGAGUGUGCUGUCUCACGCAAGAAAUGUGUUCCUAGAAAAUCUGAUGUUGGCGAGUUUCCUGUCCCUGAUCCUUCUGCUCUUGUCAAAAGCUUUAAUAUCUCAGAUUUUAGUGGGAAGUGGUAUAUAACAAGUGGCUUGAAUCCUACUUUCGAUACAUUUGAUUGCCAAAUACAUGAGUUCCAUGUGGAAUCUAACAAACUCAUGGGAAAUUUAUCAUGGCGCAUACGGACUCCAGAUGGUGGUUUUUUCACUCGAUCCACCGUUCAGAGAUUUGUCCAAGACCCUUCACAACCUGGAAUUCUCUACAAUCACGACAAUGAGUACCUCCAUUAUCAAGAUGACUGGUACAUCCUGUCAUCCAAGGUAGAGAAUAAAGCAGAUGAUUACAUAUUUGUGUAUUAUCAAGGUAGAAAUGAUGCAUGGAAUGGAUAUGGAGGUGCAGUUGUGUAUACUAGAAGUGCAGUUUUGCCUGAGACUAUAAUACCUGAACUAGAUAAAGCAGCAAGAAGUGUCGGACGAGACUUCAGUAAAUUCAUCCGGACGGACAACACAUGUGGUCCUGAACCACCCCUUGUAGAGAGAUUAGAGAAGACGGUGGAAGAAGGCGAGAAGACCAUCAUAAGAGAAGUUGAACAGAUAGAAGGAGAAGUUGAGGAUAUAGGUAAGGCUGAAGUGACUUUGUUUCAAAGGCUUGCAGAUGGAUUCAUGGAAUUGAAGAGGGACACAGAGAACUUCCUGACAGGUUUGGGGAAGGAAGAGAUGGAGGUUUUGAAUGGCCUUCAGAUGGAAGCAAGUGAGGUGGAGAGAAUUUUUGGUCAGGCAUUGCCAUUGAGGAAGCUAAGAUAGUUUUCUCAUGCAUCAAGGAGACGGGCUUAACUGCUUAAGAAUAUUAUGCUGAUCUGUCUAGGUUUUGCUCGCUACCGCUUGCCAGAUACCAAGUUACAGAGAACAGUAUGUACAAUGUUCAACUAUUUUUAAGUUUCUCUUCUUUUUUUUCCUUUUUUUUUUUUUGCAAUGCUUGUUGUAUUUACCCAAUAUCAUUUGCUACUAAGUGAUACAAAAGGAUUUGCAUUUACCGAAUAUCUUCCAAGAACUAUUACUUCUA